UUGACUGUACCUUUGCCAUUAUUGGUGUCGUUAAAGCACAAAGUGGACGGCUCUACCCAAAAAUAUAUUUUAAUAUUUAUAGCCAAAUGGUGCUCAAAUAAGUUAUUUAUUCCUAGUCAGAACCAAAUGACGUAGCCGAAAAAUGAAGGACCUCGCACUAAUGAUACCCAAACUGCCCACACGUAAUGUCCUCACCGGAGCCGUGGUCAACUGGGACGAUGACGAGAUGGCUGGCCUCGGUGACACGCCAGAGAACCUCACUCUGGCUUGGAAAGACCUCUCUGUAUAUAGGAAGAGGAAGACACAGACUAGCAUCUGGCGGUCUGCAACGUAUGAGGAAGUUAAAGUGUUGCAUGGAGUGAGCGGCAUCGUAUCUUCUGGCAACUUAAUAGCUUUAAUGGGAUCGAGUGGUGCUGGUAAGACCACGCUUCUUGCUGCUAUAAGUCGUCGAGACAAAAGUGCUACCACGGGAUACCUCAUGCUUAACGGGCGCCUGGCUGGUGCUGAUCUGAUCGCCAGGAUAUCUGGCUUUGUUCCUCAAGAGGAUUUGUCCAUUGAAGACUUGACUGUUGCAGAACAUAUGGAGUUUAUGGCACGCCUCAUGAUGGAUAAACGAUCGACCACUAGCACCAGAUCUCGCCGAGUGCAGCAACUUCUUGGAGAACUGGGAAUUUCCACUUGCACGAGCACAAAGCUGAAGGCUUUGUCUGGUGGCGAGAGGAAGAGAGUCGCUUUGGCUGUCCAAUUGCUCAAUGACCCUCCAAUUCUAUUCUGUGACGAGCCGACUACAGGUCUCGAUAGUUCGGCCGCUAACUCAGUGGUAUCACGGCUGAGACGUCUCGCAAUUGGUGGCAAGCUGGUGAUAUGCUCCGUGCAUCAACCAGCAUCUGGAGUAUUUGAGCUGUUCCAUCAGGUGGUGCUGUUGGCGAAUGGAAGAAUUGCAUUCCAUGGAACAAUAGAACAGGCUGACCAGUUCUUCGCUUCACUCAACUACAAAUGUCCAGUAGGAUUCAAUGCAGCGGAGUAUUACGUAUCUCUAUUAGGCGUUCAGACAGACAAAGAGCUGGAGAGCCAGGAGCGAAUCCGGCGUAUUUGCAACGAGUACCAGCGUUCUGAUAUAGCGGUCGCUAUUGAGAACCGCGUGGGAGACGUCAAGGACGAGUUAGAAUAUUUUAAUGGCACUGUAGAUGAGAAGAAUUUAUACUUCGAGAGAUACUUAACUCUAGUCAAAGUGAACUACUUCGUCCAGUUUUAUUGGCUACUAUGGAGAAAUAUAUUAUCUAUAAAGCACAACAAAUCUAUAUGGAUAGCUGAAUUUUGUCUCCUAAUGUUUGUUGGCCUCAUAAUAUCAAUACCAUACAUGGGCCACUUCGAGGAGUUGGAUCAGAGGGACAUUCAGAAUGCCGAGGGUCUCCUCUACCUCACGAUAACAGAGACAAUAUUUCUCUUCAUAUAUGCGGUCUUCAUCACCUUUCCACAGGAGGUUCCUAUACUAUUGCGGGAAACAGCAAGUGGAUUAUAUUCUCCGCUACCGUAUUAUUUGUCAAAGAUGAUAUUUUGGAUACCACGCGCAGUCAUAGAGCCCAUAUGUUUCGUGACGUUGGUAUUUCUCGUCGCUGGCCUUCAAGGUGGUUUUACGAACUGGAUCGGCUUCUGUUUUGUUUGCAUCCUCUGCGCGAACUACGCAAACGCUUAUGGCUCAUUUCUAUCCGCAACCUUCGAUAAACUAGAGACCGCUGCACUCUUCUCUGUACCAUUUGACCUGAUCGGCAUCAUGUUUUCUGGCAUCUACCUCAACUUGAAUAGUGUUAGCAAGUAUUUUGCUUGGGUCCACUACAUUUCUUCCUUUUACUAUGGCACCGAGAGCGUAUCAAUUCUGCAAUGGGACUCUAUAACUGAAAUCAAGUGCGUUACCGCUCCAGGCAUCCCCUGCAUCAAGACUGGUACAGACGUGUUAAGAAGAUACGGCUACGCGGAAGAACAUUUUUGGAGGAAUUGUGUAGGAUUGGCUGCUAUGUACCUGACAUAUCACUUUAUAGCAUUUACUAUGGUUAUAAGAAGAAGUAGAGGUACCCCCGUCUACUAAGCCUUGUUACACAAGGAGAUUACGCUGUACUGAGAGGCGAAUCUCACUUUUAUGGUUAAUAUCAUUUCUGUUCUUAUUUUAAAACGCCAAAAUUUUUAACCCAAAAUAAUUUUAGUCGUAAUGUAUACAAAUAGAUAAAUUUUUAUACUUAACAUUUCAUAUGUCCAUGGAAUGUUGAGGUACACGCAUUUUUCCUGGGAUUCCACCACUCUCGGGUAUAGUUACAUAUUAUUAGCUUAUUAAAAAAGAUAAGUAGGCAAUGACAAAUACACUUAUUGUUCAAGUAAUUUUGAGUUUUGUAAUUUAAAGUUGUGCAUUUUUCUUUUCUUUUAAUGAUUGUCAUCAUUCAAUGUUUAAUAUUAAUAUACCCAAAACAAAGCGAUAAAAUUGUUCAAACUACAAAUACCAAUUUUAUACGAACAUUUUAACUAUAGUUGAACGAACGGGCUACAUGUUGAAAUGUCAUUAAGUUUUUGUGAAGCUUCGUUGCGCCGUAAUUGAAUAAUUUACUAAAUUGCACUCAAAUCUUUUGGUUAAAGUGACUAUGCAAUAGCUUAUGUUCAUGAUUAUAUUGUAAUAACAUCAGUCUUUCCCACCAAAAAAUGGAAAAUAAUAGAAACAUACGCCGUAAAGUUAUUUUAAAACUAAAGGAAUAUGAUGUUUUAUCUGUAUUAUUCAGAUACCGGCAAACAUGUUGGACAAAUGUCCUUGUUUGCGCAGAAGCGAUUUUUAGGUAUCACUGGGUCGGGGGCGGCGGCGUGAGAGCGACAUGUCGAUCGCGUGAUUGGUAAAUCAGUUGCCGGUAUCUAUAUCCGACUUUAUUCUAUGUUCAUUGUUUCACGAUUCCGAUUACACGUCUUUUAAUUUCAAAGCUAAGUAAGGAUAAUUCAAGCUAAAUUCGAUUCGAAGUUUGUUACAUGUUUCAUGUAGUUUGUUGUUGUAUGAAGUUUGUUGUACAUUUCUGAAGUGGUAUAUAUUUUGAAAUAUAAAUCAACUCUAUUGUACCGUUCUAAUUAAAGUCCACUUCUGUCUCUUCAAUACAAAACACAAUUUGACAGAUAGGGUAAGUAAAAAGCGAACAAUAUACCAGUUUUUGUGUAUAUACAAUAUCGCUACUCUUUUGGAGCUAAUUGUGUGGGACGAAUUCUCUAAAAUUUAAUGUUUAUUCAUAAAAUUAUUCAAACAUAGAUUCGUGUAUCACGUACAUUAGGAAGUAAUUAGUAGGUUUAGUAAAGAAUUUUUAAAGAAAUUGCGCAAAGUAUUUAUUUUCGCGCGUUUGAUUAGGUAAUGGGGUCUCCAGAAGUAUUCAUUUUCAUACAUCUAGCUAAGUAAUGUCGGGUCUUAAGAAGAACAAUUGUACAAAUUUUUUAUACCUGUGUUACAUUAGUUAACCCAUUUUGCGAUACUUUUAUAAAUAAAAUACUUUUU